GAGCUUGCACUCCAGCGCAACGUUCAGUUAAGCACAGACGCACAGUCUCUCUCCUCGGGUCUCUUUCGAAACAUUUGGUGGAGCCAAACAAAAAAUAAGCAGCCAUGGAUGCCAUCAAGAAGAAGAUGCAGAUGCUCAAGCUCGACAAGGAGAAUGCCUUGGACAGAGCUGAGGGAGCCGAGGGAGACAAGAAGGCAGCAGAGGACAAGAGCAAACAGUUAGAGGAUGAAAUAAGUGAGUUGGAAAAGAAAUUACGGAUCACCGAAGAUGAACGUGAUAAAGUGCUUGAUGAGUUCCAAGCCGCCGAGGAAAAGUUGCUGAACGCCGAGGAGGUGGCCACCAAGGCUGAGGCCGAUGUCGCUUCCCUUAACAGACGUAUCCAGCUAGUUGAGGAGGAGUUGGAUCGUGCUCAGGAGCGUCUGGCAACUGCCCUGACCAAGCUGGAGGAGGCUGAGAAGGCGGCUGAUGAGUCCGAGAGAGGCAUGAAGGUCAUUGAGAACAGGGCCUCCAAGGAUGAGGAGAAGAUGGAGCUGCAGGAUAUCCAGCUGAAGGAGGCCAAGCACAUUGCUGAGGAGGCUGACCGCAAAUACGAGGAGGUCGCCCGUAAGCUGGUCAUCAUUGAGAGUGAUCUGGAACGUACAGAGGAGCGCGCUGAGCUUUCAGAAGGCAAAUGCUCUGAGCUUGAGGAAGAGUUGAAAACUGUCACCAACAACCUGAAGUCACUGGAGGCCCAGGCUGAGAAGUACUCACAGAAGGAGGACAAGUACGAGGAGGAGAUCAAGGUCCUCACUGACAAGCUGAAGGAGGCUGAGACUCGUGCUGAGUUCGCUGAGAGAUCAGUAGCCAAACUUGAGAAGACCAUCGACGACUUGGAAGAUGAGUUGUAUGCCCAGAAACUGAAGUACAAGGCCAUCAGCGAGGAGCUGGACAACGCCCUCAACGACAUGACUUCCAUGUAAUUCUUCAUCUGCGCUGCCUGCUUGUGCCUCUGUCGUCACCUCCUUGCACCUCCCAUCCCCAUUGUCCAGUCAUCACAAUCUGCUGUCUAUCUGAAAUCCAUCUGCUGUUUCUGUUCGUACAAGAUAAAGUGGUUCACGUUACUGUUAGAAAGCAGCUAAUUAUUUCUAUACACUAGGUAGUCUAAAUGUUCUAGUUAAAGGGGGUUGUAUAUUGUAAGAACUGGCUAACUAUGGGAAUUGUUUAAGCUCACUCAAUGGUUUCCAUUCUCACACUUAGACUUGUUUGUGGUUGUGAGGACAUUCUCUCCAUUUAAAGUUAGUUACCAUUUUAGCAGUGCAGUAGAGUACUUGAACCUAGACUUGUUUUGUAUGAACAGAAUACAGGAUGGAGGUUCUUUGUUUACCCAUUUGGGCUUACAUUUUAAUAACUACUAUAUUGUAUUACUUUUUACAUAAAGAAGUAAUCGUAAUUCAUUUUGUGAUCGUAUUUUAAAUGUACAUUGUUCGACCAACAAAUUAAUGUCUUAAUUUCAAAAUAUUCAUAAUAUUUUGUCAGCCCUUAAUGCAUGUGAGGUGUCUAUUGAAAUGCAAUAUUUCAAUGUGAGCCUUCUUCUGGGUCUUUAAACUGAGUUUCUCCAUGUAGUCAGUGUGCUUUUGUGUUCUGUACCUUUUCUCAAGUGUAGCUCACUUGUUUUUACUACUAACAAGGUCUACUUCUGUAUGGAAGAAAGGCCCCAUGCGUCCCCCUUGAAAUUCCUUUUUGUUCAUAACCACAGUUGAGGGGAAACUGUCACAAUCUACAGUCUGGUUGCCUUUGGAAGUUGUCUUUUUGUUGGGUUUUAUGCUGUGCCCCUUUGGCAUCUGAGAAGAUAUCAGAUGUGUCAAGCUGGAGGUGGAGCACCAUGUAUGACAGAUGUUUGGUCAACUGAUGCUCCUCAUGACUCCUUGGAAAGGUCUUCAUGUGAUCAGAGGUUUGGUCCAACCUUUGUUUUGUGUUUGAGGUGGUUGCUGCAGUAGUUGUCGUACACUGUCUGUAUCCCUUCCUGGCAAUACCUCCCAGUGGGGCAUUGUGGCUCUAGCCUGUCCUUUGUGUUGUGGCGCCAGUAGCGCUGAUGUGUUGAUGCGCAUCUGUCUUCCAACAAACCCCCUAUAGCAGUACCUCACUGUACCUCUUCUCUUCCGCACAGAUAAAUUGUUUACACCUCAUCAAAGACGCCUCCCGCCAGCUGAGCAGCAUCGCUCUGCUCUUUCCCGGCCUUUCUUCCAUUUCCCAACCCUUCUCGCCAUGCUUUCCUUUACUCCCCAUGUUCUCAUCCUGUCAGUGUUGUAUCCCAUCUCUUGUAUAGAACCUCAAUCUUUCUGUGUUGUAUACAAAUAAACCUUCUUCCUUCUAUGUAAGCUUUAUCUCCUUAUUCUAUCCUUUUCUGUUCCUUCUGAAUUUUAUUUUCAUUUCUAUUUAUUUUCAAGCGGCUCUAAUAAUAAAACUAAGGAGCCCUGAUGUUAGUAAUGUUGUCAUUGGUUUUUUUUAUGUCUCAGGAACCCAUAAACAAAUGUUAUGGUGCUGGCAUUCUUACAAGUUCAGUUGAAAGUACCUCUGUUUUAAUGUCCAUUGGUGUUGAUCAACAUUUUCAUUCAUUUUGAGAGGCGAGAUGUGUAAUGUGCACUGUCCAGUGAAAAUUUCUUGCAAGUAGGCCUACUACACACUUGUAGCUCUUAUUCAACUUUCCCUCAUUUAAUAGGUAUAUACCUAAGGGAGUAGUGAUUACCUUACAGCCUUAAUGAAGGUAUGUUUUUAGGAGCAUCAUGGCAUUACACAUACUGCUGUUAAAACAAAUGUAGCUUCUAAGGCGAAUGUCAUUUGGCUCAAUACAGUAUAGUUAAUGUAAUGUUUUGAUAGAGAGGUGGCACAUGUUGGAUUGCUAUUGAACGAGUAGGGAAAGUAGUAGGCGUGAAGAGAAGCACAGUAUGUAGGAUUGUCUGCCUUUGCGUGUUGGAAAGAGUAGUAAGAUUGACUAUUGAGAUGCUGAUGUUGAUGACAUGAAGUCUGCAAUUUGCAAUAUCAUUUUAUUGUUGAAAUAAAUUAAUAGAUAUGCAC